CUGGGCUGCGAUUCAGCUGCGCGACGUCGCCUGCGGCCGAAGGAGUCGCCUUUGCGGAGGCAGCCCUCGCCCUUCCCUCGCCCAGCCUCGCCCGCUUCGGCAAAGCGAAGCUCCUCGAGCAGAAAUUGCCUUAGAAAAUCGGAGUUUUCCUCUCUUGGCGCGUUGCAACAGCCAUUUUUUAUUUUCCAAUAAGCCUUUGCAAGCAGUUAUUAGCAAAAAAACCACCCCUAUUUAUUUUAUUUUUUGCAUUUCAUUUUAUUUUUUGCAUUUCAUUUCAUUUUUGCAUUUCAUUUCAUUCUUUGCAUUUCAUUUUAUUUCAUUUUUUAUUUUUUGCAUUUAGCAAUCGAAAGCAAUUUUUUGCGCUUGCAUUUUUAUUUUAUUUUUUUGCAAUAGCCCUUCAAAAGCAGUUUUUUUGUGCUUGCAUUUUUAUUUUUUGCAAUAGCCCACCCUGCAGCCGGUAGCAGGACAGCGCGGACACAUCUUUUCCUGCAAGGGAUCUGGAGAUCUUCCCAUCCCCUCCUGGUGCCUGUUUCCCUCUUCCUCUACCUCCCCACCUUACAUUAAGGGCCCGAUUUUUUAUUUUGCGAUCGAGCGAUUCCGUUUUCCCGGCGGCUCCGCCUGCAGCUCCUCGUCUCUCCUUCCAUUCAUUGGCGAGCAGAUUUCCUCCCGGAGCCCAGGAUCUCCUCCUCGGCCCCGUUUGCAAGAUGUUCAGCUGGCUGGGCAACGACGACCGGCGGAGGAAAGACCCCGAGGUGUUCCAGACGGUGAGCGAGGGGCUGAAGAAACUCUACAAAACCAAGCUUCUCCCUCUGGAAGAAUACUACAAAUUCCACGAGUUUCAUUCGCCCGCCUUGGAAGAUGCGGAUUUUGACAACAAGCCCAUGGUCCUCCUCGUGGGACAGUAUUCCACCGGCAAGACCACCUUCAUAAGGUAAAAACUGCUGGGUCUUUUUUUAAUAUUUUCAAAGAUCUUUAUUGAAAAUCAACAAAUAUACAUAAUAACCAAAAUUCCCAAGGAUUCCCUCACAUAAACUAGAAUAUCUAAAUUACAACAGCUGCACAAUUAUACACUUAAUUAUAAAACCCACCACCCACCCUCACAGCAAUUCGACUUCUUUAUAUUUCUUUCUACCUUUCCCCCUUGCAUUCUAUAAUGAAUUAUUUUUGUUAAAUUCUGGUUUUUCCUUCUUUAUUUGUUUUGUUUUUGCUUACAUUUUUUAUUUUAGGCCUAUUAACAUGUCAUUUUUAGAACAAUGUUUUGACAUGUAAUCUUCGAAAGACUUCCACUCCAUUCUUAACUUUUGAUUUGAUUGAUAUAUUAUAAUUUUGCCAAUUCUGUAUACUCACUUAAUUUACGAAUCCACUCUUCGUUUCUUGGUAUGUCCUGAGAUUCCCAUUUAGUAGCAAUCACUACCCUGGCAGCUGUUGUUGCAUAUAAAAAGAUUGUUUUUUCAUAUGUGGUAUGUCAAUUGCUGGGUCUUUUUUAUUCUUAUUAUUUAUUCGAUUUCUAAACGUUUUAUUAUUAUUUUUUAUAAAAUCACAUAUACACUCCCAAACAUAAAGACACCUUCUGGUGUUUUUAAUUUCUCCCUCUUGCCGCACGCUGUCUUCUUCCUCUUAUAUUAUAACAACUAUGCAAUAAUCUCUAAGGCUUUCUGUGGCUCAUCGUUCAAAUUCUGCUUGCAAAUUUAUCAUGCUAUAACAUUUCUUUAAAUGUUCCGAAAAAGGCUUCCAUUUUUUGCUGUUAGCGUGGCCAAUUCUGCAUAGAUCCGGGGUAGGCAACCUAAGAUACAGGGGCCGGAUGCGGCCCAAUCGCCAUCUAAAUCCAGCCCACGGACGGUCCGGGAAUCAGUGUGUUUUUACAUGAGCAGAAUGUGUCCUUUUAUUUAAAAUGCAUCUCUGGGUUAUUUGUGGGGCCUGCCUGGUGUUUUUACAUGAGUAGAAUGUGUUCUUUUAUUUAAAAUGCAUCUCUGGGUUAUUUGUGGGGCAUAGGAAAGGCCUUUUCUCGUGUUGUCACCCUAAACCUCUUGGGGAUAGGGGACACAGAGAAGGGUUUCGGAUGACACAUGCAGGGUCCGGGUCGGUUCAUAUGGGGAGAGGCAGUCCUAUAAUAAUAUUAAAUUUAUUAUUUAUACCCCACCCAUCUGGCUGGGUUUCCCCAGCCACUCUGGGCGGCUUCCAACCAAAUAUUAAAAACAAUACAGCAUCAAACAUUAAAAACAUCCCUAAACAGGGCCGCCUUCAGUUGUCUAAAAGUAAAAUAGUUGCUCAUUUCCUUAACAUCUGAUGCGAGGGUGUUCCAUAGGGCGGGUGCCACCACCGAGAAGGCCCUCUGCCUGGUUCCCUGUAACCUCACUUCUCACAGGGAGGGAACUGCCAGAAGGCCCUCGGCACUGGACCUCAGUGUCCAGGCAGAACAAUGGGGGUGGAGACGCUCCUUCAGGUAUACUGGACCGAGGCCGUUUCGGGCUUUAGAGGUCAGCACCAACACUUUGAAUUGUGCUUGGAAAUGUCCUGGGAGCCAAUAUAGGUCUUUCAAGACCUGUGUUAUGUGGUCUCGGUGGCCACUCCCAGUCACCAGUCUAGCUGCCGCAUACACCUUGUAUUUAAAACACCUUCAUUGCACAUAUAAAGUACAUGUCAUUGCCCAACGAAUCCUGGGAAUUCUAGUUACUCACCCCAGAGCUACAAUUCCCAACACCUGUAUCAAACUACAAUUCCCAGGACUGUUUGGGGGCAAGCCAUGUGCUAUGAAGGUGCUUUAAAUGUAUGUUUUGGUUCUGCCUGUGGAAGGCUGGGUGUCAUACCAGGCGCGUGAAUUAAUUUGUCCUGGCUAUCAGAACAUUGGCAACCAUACCAGAAAAUAAUUUGCCGUGAUUCUUUUCUAGAGGAAACUGUGCUCUUGGCCUUUGUAUACAGUCCCAUGUAGAAAAAUUGCGAGAUCACUGGAGCCUGUGAAAACCUUUGUGGGUCUUUGUGGUGAAAAUUAGCAUGAAUGGGCACGUAUGACAUACCAAGACCAUAGUUUUGCUGACCUUUUAAAAAAGUGGCAAAAUAUUAUGGGAAUCCUGAAGAAGAAGAAAAUCCAGGAGGGUUGGUCUGUUGCAGGAGAAAUUAGAAAGCGACUUGUGGCAUCUUGAAGACUCCCAGAUUUUAUUAUGGCGUAAGCUUUAAUGAUAAUCCUUAAGCAAGACUGUUUUCCCAGGGAGCAAAGUUUCCGACUGAUGGUGUUCAAGGCAAGGGGGUGUCUCAUGUUCACACAGCAAGUGGUGUUUACAUGAGAGGAGUCUGUGGAAUGCUGAGUGGACAGAUUCUGAGAAAAUUAUGGGCUGCUAGUAUGCUUAGAUCACGUCUUCCGUAAUUGGAGGAUAUUUUGGAGGAGAGAGAGGGUGGGGGAGAGAUUUUAGGUGACUUAGCUGGGUGCAUAGCAAUUGCCCAGUGGCCCCUGGAGAUUCGAAAAACGCUUUUCAGGCUUCUCUCAAGUGGUAACCAUAAACCUGCAGGUGCAGAAGAACAAAGAUGGUCCACUUUGAAGAAGUGGAGGCCUAAAAACAGGAUCUGGGCAGUCAUGGAAUCCACAGUGGGAAGAGUUACUGAAGAGCCACAAACCCCAUGGAAGAUCACUAGUAGAGACCUAUCUACCUGUGUCACCCUGAGAUGCUUCAGGCUUAGUUCUCAUUGAGUUGGCAAGGCUGCGUCUGGAUUUCACCACGUCAGACCACAGGUGGGGUCUCGUAUAACUGAAAUAGCCAGACAUAGACUUCUACCCUCUUGCUGAAAACUAGGCGUUGGGUCAGGGUUUGACUGUGGAACCUUUCCUGAGACUAGAUAAGAAGAUAGAGCGAGUUUGUUUUCUCCUGCUCUGGAGGGUAGGACUCGAACCCAUGGCUUCGAGUUACAAGAAAGCAGAUUGUGUCUUAAGUGUCAGGAAGAACUUUCUAACGGUAAGAGCUGUUCAACAGUGGAGCGGUCUCCCUCAGGAAGUUGGGGACUCCUUCCUUGGAGGUUUUUAAGCAGAGGUUGGAUGCUUUAGCUGAGAUUCUGAUCCUGAAUGGGUUAACUGUGCGUGCUCUAGUAAUCUCUCGCUUGGACUGCUGCAAUGUGCUCUAUGUGGGGCUACCUUUGAAGGUGACCCGGAAACUACAAUUAAUUCAGAAUGCGGCAGCUAGACUGGAGACUGGGAGCGGCCGCCGAGACCACAUAACACCGGUCUUGAAAGACCUACACUGGCUCCCAGGGCGUUUCCGAGCACAAUUCAAAGUGUUGGUGCUGACCUUUCAAGCCCUAAACGGCCUCGGCCCAGUAUACCUGAAGGAGCGUCUCCACCCCCAUCGUUCUGCCCUGACGCUGAGGUCCAGCGCCGAGGGCCUUCUGGUGGUUCCCUCACUGCGAGAAGCCAAGCUGCAGGGAACCAGGCCAGAGGGCCUUCUCGGUGGUGGCACCCACCCUGUGGAAUGCUCUCCCAUCAGAUGUCAAAGAGAUAAACAACUACCUGACAUUCAGAAUACAUCUGAAGGCAGCCUUGUUCAGGGAAGUUUUUAAUGUGUGACAUUUUAGUGUAUUUUUGGUCUUUGUUGGAAGCCGCCCAGAGUGGCUGGGGAAACCCAGCCAGAUGGGUGGGGUACAAAUAAUAAAUUAUUAUUAUUAUUAUUACCGUAUUUUUCGUUCCAUAGGACGCUCCGUCCCAUAGGACGCACCUACUUUUUUGGGGGGGAAAUAAAGGGAAAUUUUUUUUCCUUUAUUUCCCCCCCCCCCAAAACCAGGUCGGGGAACAGUGGGAUGGCGGCGCUGCGCCUCCCCGUUGUCCCCCGAGCUUGUGGGGCUGGCCGAUGUCUGCCCGGCGUGAGGGGCGCUCUGCUUCAGGGCGCCCCACGCGCCGAGCGGCAGGCUGCAGACACCUGCGCGAAGCACGGGGCGUCCUCCGGAGGGCACCCAUUCUCCGCGCUGCUGGCUGCCGCCCGCAAGCCGUGCGCGCUCAGGGGGAGUUCCCCUGGGCGCGCAAGGCUUGCGGACACCUGCGCAAAGCACAGGGCGUCCUCCGGAGGGCGCCCCGUGCUCCGCGCUGCAGGCUGCCGCCCGCAAGCCUUGCGCUCCCAGGGCAGAUCCCCCAGGUGCGCAAGGCUUGCCGACACCUGCGCGAAGCACGGGGCGUCCUCCGGAGGGCGCCCCGUGCUCCGCGUUGCAGGGUGCCGCCCGCAAGCCUUGCGUGCCCGGGGGAACUCCCCCGGGGUGCGCAAGGCUUGCAGAUAGCUUUCUGGAGCCUGGAGAGCGAGAGGUGUCGGUGCGCACCGACGCCUCUCGCUCUCCAGGCUUCAGCGAAAGCCUGCAUUCGCCCCAUAGGACGCACACACAUUUCCCCUUCAUUUUUGGAGGGGGAAAAGUGCGUCCUAUAGGGCGAAAAAUACGGUAUAUAUUCCUGCAUUGCCGGGGCUGGACUUAGAUGACCCUACAAUUCUAUGGUUCUAGAUCUAAUCCAUAGGAGCAAAGGAAGCUGUCUUCUCCCUGUGGAGUCCUCCUUCCUAGUAUUGGAGGUGGUUUGCCUCUGAACACAAAUUGCAGCAGCUGGAAAACAGCUUAUGAGUUUUCCCCAUAGGUACCGGGUUAGCUGCGUCAGGCACAGAAUGGGAAUCUAGGCUGGCCUUUGGCUUGAUCCUGCGGCCAGGUUCUUCCUACAGUGCGAUCAUGGAAGGAAUCAAAUGUAUCUGACGUUUCUCUUUGUCCAGUGCAUCUUCCAACGGGGAAGAUUUUUCCAGGUAUUCUAGCCGGUUGUUAUUUGUUAAAUUUAUGAGUCAGGUUUUCUUUUCUUUCUUUUUGCCACAGCAAUUCAAAGUGACUUACAAUACGUUAAGCAAGAAACCAACCAACCAACCGGCGUUAAAAUAUAUAAAUGCAAAAGGCGAUUCUCUUUAAAAACAACGCACCCAAACUAAAUUAAAACUUCCCACCCAUGCGGAAAGGCUGUAGAUAAUUAAAAUGAUGAAUAUCUCAUGUGACACAUGUCUACACCGUCUGAAUUUUCCUCAUAAUAGUAUGCGUAAUAAACCCCUUAGACUUUUACUGAUACUGGUGUCUCUCUUCUGGAUUAGUGAAAAUACAGCACUGCUAUAAAACUGAACUCCUGGGCUGAAUUAUGUAGCUUCUAAGAGCGAUUUUACAGCGGGAGUGGCUGACUUGUAAAACCACCCUGUGAUGCUUGCAUGAGGGGAGGUAUAUCAAUUUAAUAAGUAAUACAAAAUAAUAAUAAUAAUAAUAGUAGUAGUAGUAGUAAAAGUAAAGGUAAAGGGACCCCACACCAUUAAGUCCAGUCAUGGCCGACUCUGGGGUUGCGGCGCUCAUCUCGCUUUAUUGGCCGAGGGAGCCGGCGUACAGCUUCCGGGUCAUGUGGCCACCAUGACUAAGCCGCUUCUGGCGAACCAGAGCAGCGCACAGAAACACCGUUUACCUUCCCGCCAUUGUGGUACCUAUUUAUCUACUUGCACUUUGACGUGCUUUCGAACUGCUAGAUUGGCAGGAGCAGGGACCGAGCAACGGGAGCUCACCCCGUUGCAGGGAUUCGAACCGCCGACCUUCUGAUCGGCAAGUCCUAGGCUCUGUGGUUUAACCCACAGCGCCACCCGCGUCCCAAUAAUAGUAGUAGUAGUAGUAGUAAAUUGGCUGAAGGACCAUAUUCGUCCUUGACCUAGCUUUGGGGGACUUCAUAGCAGAGGUGGGUAUGGCCCAUUUGCGCCCCCCCAAGGAUGCACACACACAACCCAACUGCCCUACCCCACCCUCAGUUGACCUGUGCAUGAAUUGGGUUCAUCACCCGCCUCCUCAAAUCUGAUGACUGAGAGGUGGCAAUUUGUAUCCCCAUGGGGCACUGACCUGGGCAGGGAGAUUUAAGCUCUUUCCUUUUGGCUGCCAAAAUCUUUGGGAUCCUGAAAAAGAUGGAAUAAUUGCUGGGGAGAGGAGCUGCAACAGCCUGGUGUGGAUACUCUACGUGGGGCUGCCCUUGAGACUGACCCAGAAACUCCAGCGGGUGCAGAAUGCCACGGCGAGACUCCUUACGGGGUCCUCGCCGUGGGAUCACAUUCACCCGGUUCUCUACCAGCUGCACUGGCUCCCGGUGGAGUACAGGAUCAGGUUCAAGGUGCUGGUUUUAACCUUUAAAGCCCUAUACGUACCUACGGGACCGCCUCUCCUGGUAUGUCCCAUGGAGGACCUUACGGUCUUCAAACAAAAACAUCUUGGAGGUCCCGGGCCACAGGGAGGUUAGGCUGGCCUCAACCAGAGCCAGGGCCUUUUCGGCCGUGGCCCCGAUCUGGUGGAACGCUCUGUCCCAAGAGACUAGGGCCCUGCGGGACUUGACGUCUUUCCGCAAGACAGAGCUGUUCCACCAAGCCUUUGGCCAAGGCACAGCCUGACCCCCUCUCUCCUUCUGUAAUCCUCAUAGAACUCUAGCCCAAUGGUUGCCAUUAAUUUGAUUCUGAAUUGAUUUUAGAAUGAAUUGGUUUUAGAAUGCUGUAUUACUUUUACUGUUGUGAGCCGCUCUGAGCCCGGCUUCGGCUGGGGAGGGCGGGAUAUAAAUAACAUUUUAUUGUUUUUAUUAUUAUUAUAACCUGCUCCUGGCUUAGGGAGUUCUUUUAGCGCACCGUUUGCCUCCAUAUAAACCGCAUAAGAGUUGCUGAGUUUAGCAUCAAGGAAUGGAGUUUUAAAAGAAAAUAUUGGGGAAGGCAUGUAGCCCAGCAUUGAAGAUUUCCAUACAAAAAGACCCACCCCUGGCGGGGCUCAGAGAGACCCUUGCCUAAAAAAGCUUGAGAGCUGCUGCCAAUCUGUGUAGACAGUAUUAAUCUAGAUGGGUCAAAUGUUCUGACUCGGUUCCAGGCAGUUUCCUCUGUUCCGUGCGGUCCGUGGGCUGUCGUACUCUUCUGCUGAAUGUCCUUACGAAUCACGCUCCCUGUUUUUUUUGACCAGUAGCCUUGUUAAAAUGUUAAUAUUCUGGUUCUUCAGGGUCCAGCUCCCUUUCCUGGCUCUGUAGAAGUGAAGUCUCAACGAGUGUGUGCUUCCUGCUUUUAACGCGCGUGUAUGUAAAUACUGACACGGAAACGUUUAAGAUGAGGAUGGGAAGAGGACAGAAUCCUCAAAUUGUUGGGUUGGAAGGGGCCAAAAGGAUAAUCUAGUCCAACCCCCUGGAAUGCAGGAAUCUUUUGCCUCACGCGGAACUCGAACCCACAACCCUGGAAUUAAAGAGUCUUAUGCACUACCGAAUUAGCUGGAUGUGCCUUAACUCUGUUUAUAUGCGCAAAACAACAAACCUCUGGUUACGUGAAACAUUCAAUAAACACACAAGACGUAACCGGCUGUACGUUUGAAAAAAUAAUAUAUACUAUUCAUUGUGUUGAAUUGUAUAUUUCAACAGAAGCAGCUCAUAAAGUUCAACGAAGAAAGUAGAAGACCCAGUGGAUCAGUUCAUUCUCUAAAUCAGCAUAAGGUCCAUACAUGUGAAAAUGCAGUUCCACAGAAUCCUUUCAGAGUCUAAGACGAGGAUUUCUGGAAUAUUAGCCUUGUUUCACCGUCCUAGGCUUCAUCAGUAGUACAAACUCAUAUAUGAUAUCACAGGACAGUGGACCUUAGCAUAGUAGUAGCUGCUGUCCUGUGAUAUCACAUAUGAGUUUGUACUACUGAUGAAGCCUAAGAACUGCCACAGUCUUUCGUGUGGAUUGUUGGACUCUAUGAACAGACAGGUGGAAUAGACAUUUUCACGUAUAUGAACCUUAUGCAUAAGCUGAUUAGAGAAUGAACUGAUCCACUGGGUCUUCUACUUUUUCGUUGAAUUGUAGAUUUCUUUUUUUUAAUUUUUAAAUGAUAUUUAUUAAAAUUUCAGAAAAAAGAAUUACAUAAAAACAAGAAAUAAAAACAUAAAAAACAAAAGUCAAAAUACAAGAAAAAUACAAAAUAAAAGAAUAAAAACACGAAAAAAUAAAUAAAUCAAUCUUUCCAUACCUUACAUUCAUAUCCUUGUUUCCCUGACCUCCUCAUACCUCCCUUUUUUGUAUUCCAAUUCAAUUAGUUAAUUCAGCAAUUUCUUUCCCUCUUUGUUUUCUCUUAAUCCUUUAACUUAAUAUAGUAUAAGUUUAAAUUUUCACCUGUUAUCAAUCCAUUUUUACAUACACCUUUAUAGCAUUACUGCUUAAACCACUUAACUUCAUUCUAACAUCAUUCUAACAUUCAUUAAUUUUACAAUAUUUCUGUAGAUAGUCUUUAAAUUUCUUCCAAUUUUCUUUCACCAACUCUUCUCCCUGGUCUCGGAUUCUGCCAGUCAUUUCCGCCAAUUCCAUGUAGUCCAUCACCUUCAUCUGCCAUUCUUCCAGCGUGGGAAGUUCUUGUGUCUUCCAAUACUUUGCGAUGAGUAUUCUUGCUGCUGUUGUUGCAUACAUAAAGAAAGUUCUAUCCUUCUUUAGCACCAAUUGGCCGACCAUGCCCAGGAGAAAGGCCUCUGGUUUCUUCAAAAAGGUAUAUUUAAAUACCUUUUUCAAUUCAUUAUAGAUCAUCUCCCAGAAAGCUUUAAUCCUUGGGCACGUCCACCAAAGGUGAAAGAAUGUACCUUCAGUUUUAUUACAUUUCCAACAUUUAUUAUCAGGCAGAUGAUCUUUGAAUUGUAGAUUUCAACAGAAGUAGCUCAUCAAGUUCAACACAAUGAAUAGUAUAUAUAUAUAUUUUCAAACGUACAGCCGGUUACGUCUUGUGUGUUUAUUAACUCUGUUUAUGGCAUGAGAGCUAGGUCCGCUGACCCCAGACUGGGACUGGGCAAAGGCAGGAGUUUUGAGAGGACCCUGGGGAGUGUGGCUCAGUGGUUAGAGCGUCUGGCUUUUCAUGCAAAAAGUCCUAGCUUCAGUCCCCAACCUCUCACAGUUUGACUUGGAAUGCCCCCUGGCCGAAACCCUGAAGAGCUGCCAGUCAGUGCAGACAAUAUUAAGUGAGAUGGACCAGCGCACCUGACUCUGUAUUGAGGCUGCAUCCUGCUGUGAGAUUCUGGGGAGCGGAUUCUCCCUGCCAUAACCUCCUGCCAGCCACUCAUUACUUGAAGGGAGAGAAACUCAAGUCUGUGUACAGACAGCGGGAACCCACGGGGAGGUAAUAAAAUCUCCCGUACCUGGUGAUUGUUGACCUUGAAAGGUCCUGGAAUUUUUUACCUGUGCUGGUGUUUCGGAAACCUAAUCGCUUGCAUGCGAGAGCCAAGUACAGAAUGACCAAGCAGUUCAGCUGACUGCUUUUUCUUUUAGAAAACAAAACAGGAGCAGAUCUUUUCCAGCCAGAAAAUAGCAGGUUCCAGGAUGGCAGAUAUUUUUAAGGAGGACUUAAUAUUUUUUUGGGGGUUGGGGGGAACGGGACUGUGUGUAAAACAUGGAGGUGGAGUGGAAGAGAGAAACAGUGCAAGUAAAACUAUUAUUUUCCUGACUCCACCUUAAAUUUGGCUAUCCCACCCCCCCUUGCAAUAUUGUUGUUGUUCUUGUCAUUUAGUCGUGUCCGACUCUUGGUGACCCCCUGGACCAGAGCACGCCAGGCACUUCUGUCUUCCACGGCCUCCCACAGUUUGGUCAAAAUCAUGCUGGUAGCUUUGAGAACACUAUCCAGCCAUCUCGUCCUCUGUCGUCCCCUUCUCCUUGUGCCCUCCAUCUUUCCCAACAUCAGGGUCUUUUCCAAGGAGUCUUCUCAUGAGGUGGCCAAAGUAUUGGAGCCUCAGCUUCCGGAUCUGUCCUUCCAGUGAGCACUCAGGGCUGAUUUCCUUCAGAAUGGAUUGAUUUGAUCUUCUUGCAGUCCAUGGGACUCUCAAGAGUCUCCUCCAGCACCAUAAAUCAAAAGCAUCCAUUCUUCGGCAAUCAGCCUUCUUUAUCGUCCAGCUCUCACUUCCAUACAUCACGACUGGGAAAACCAGAGCUUUCCCAACAUCAGGGUCUGCUAAGUCCAGUGAUUCUGGGCUGCUCUCUGCCACAGACUCUUCCCGCUCAUGAAGCCCUGUUGCCUCAGCUUCCAGCACCUCCUUCUCCCAAUCUUCUCCCUCUGACCACUUAUCAUCGUUCCUCCAUCCCUCCCUGGGCUCUGAGUCUUCUUCCCUGGGGGCGGGGGUACUCCAGCUCGUUCCCCACCACCACCAUUCCUCUACGUCCGACCAACCCAUGACACCCACCGCUGGCAUUCGGCCCCCUAAAGUUGGGAAUGUGGCCUUCGGUUUAUUAUAAUAAUAAUUGAUUAUUUAUACCUCGCCCAUCUGGCUGGAUUUCCCCAGCCACUCUGGGCGGCUUCCAAAAUAAUAUUAAAAUACAAUAACCUAUUAAACAUUAAAAGCUUCCCUAAGCAGGGCUGCCUUCAGAUGUCUUCUAAAAGUCAGACAGUUGUUUAUUUCCUUGACAUCUGGUGGGAGGGCGUUCCAUAGGGCGGGCGCCACCACCGAGAAGGCCCUCUGCCUGGUUCCCUGUAACUUGGCUUCUCACAGGGAGGGAACCGCCAGAAGGCCCUCGGAGCUGGACCUCAGUGUCCUGGGAGAACGAUGGGGGUGGAGACGCUCCUUCAAGUAUACUGGACGAAGGCCGUUUGAAAAAGCUUUCCCCCAUCUCUGCACUAGGCCAUAGCCGCUAUUUACCUUGUUCAAUCUAGCCUGUUCCUGUUCAAAACUACCGUAUUUUUCGCUCUAUAAGACGCACCAGACCACAAGACGCACCUAGUUUUUGGAGGAGGAAAACAAGAAAAAAAUAUAUUCUGAAUCUCAGAAGCCAGAACAGCAAGAGGGAUCGCUGUGCAGCGAAAGCAGCAAUCCCUCUUGCUGUUCUGGCUUCUGUGAUAGCCACGCAGCCUGCAUUCGCUCCAUAAGACGCACACACAUUUCCCCUUACUUUUUAGGAGGGAAAAAGUGAGUCUUAUAGAGCAAAAAAAUAUGGUACUUUAUCAAGGGGGUCCUUUGGCCAAGUGCGUUGUGCGUUGAUCCUCUGUCUUUCUUUCAGGUAGAGACUGUCUUCUCCUCUUAUUCCAAAUACAAUAGCAAAGAGAUAGGCGGUCUUUUUAAAUGCUAAGAAGGGCUUUGGGAACCGCAAUUCAGAGGGACCAGAGUGACUCCAUUUAUGCUGUUUAUAAUGCCUGCUGAAUAAUGGGCUCAUUGUGCAUUUUAAUUGCACACAGACCUGACGGAUUUUUCUUAAACGCAGAAAUCGUAAUGGAUAUCAGCAGCUGGAUGCAUUUGGAGACAAUGCUGAAUCUCAGUUUAGAUCCUCAAUUCCCUGCACAGAAUUUCAGAGCUGGAAGAGAGACCACAGGGAUCAGACUUGGGUCACAGUCGAGAGGCUGAAAUGGAAUUGCCCGAUAGUUGAAGCUAGAUCGGGGAAGGCUGGGUGGGAGGUUUUCGAAACGGGGAAGGAAGGAGGCAUACUGUGCUGAAGGUCGGUGAAGCAAGAUGUUUGUGUCCGUCUCGUUCUGCCGAUGUGCAACUCUGCCGCCCAAGGAGGUGUCGUAACUCUGCGGCGAAGCAUUCGCUGCGUGCGCAGAGGGUCCCAGCUCCAGUCUCGCCUGCCUGAAGCCCUGGAGCGUUGCUGCCAGUCCGUGCAAACAGUGCUGAGCUAAAUAAUAAAAUAAUAAAAAUAAUUUAUUAUUUACACCCCACCCAUCUGGCUGGGUUUCCCCAGCCACUCUGGGGGGCUUCCAACAGAAGAUUAAAAUACAGUGGUACUUCGGGUUACAUAUGCUUCAGGUUACAUACGCUUCAGGUUACAAACUUCGCUAACCCAGAAAUAUUACCUCGGGUUAAGAACUUUGCUUCAGGAUGAGAACAGAAAUCGUGCGGCGGCAGCGGGAGGCCCCAUUAGGUAAAGUGGUGCUUCAGGUUAAGAACAGUUUCAGGUUAAGAACAGACCUCCAGAACGAAUUAAGUUCUUAACCCAAGGUACCACUGUACAAUAACCUAUUAAACAUUAAAAGCUUCCCUAAACAGGGCUGCCUUCAGAUGUCUUCUAAAAGUCUGGUGGUGGUUUUUCUCUUUGACAUCUGGUGGGAGGGCGUUCCACAGGGUGGGCGCCACCACCGAGAAGGCCCUCUGCCUGGUUCCCUGUAACUUGGCUUCUCGCAGGGAGGGAACCACCAGAAAGCCCUUGGAGCUGGACCUGAGUGUCCGGGCAGAACGAUGGGGGUGGAGACGCUCCUUCAGGUAUACUGGGCCGAGGCUGUUUAGGGCUUUAAAGGUCAACACCAACACUUUGAAUUGUGCUUGGAAACGUACUGGGAGCCAAUGGAGGUUUUUCAAGACUAGUGUUAUAUGGUCUUGACGGCCGCUCCCAGUCACCAGUCUGGCUGCCGCAUUCUGGAUUAGUUGCAGUUUCCGGGUCACGUUCAAAGGGAGCCCCACAUAGAGCGCAUUGCAGGAGUCCAAGCGAGAGAUAACUAGAGCAUGCACCACACUGGCGAGACAGUCUGCGGGCAGGGGAGGAUCUCAUCCUGCGUACCAGGUGGACCCAGUGGCCUGACUCUGUAAAAGGCAUCUUCCUAUGUUAACCGAGGGCUUGUGUCUCGUGUGGGGCACAGAUGGCAGAAGGGGAUAGUCAUGAAGUCAUAGAGCUAAGUGGCACCCUGAAGGUCAUCCAUCUCAACCCCCUGCAAUGCAGGAAUCCUGUCCACAGCUGUCCCUGGGUGGGCUUGAUCCACCAGCCCCCUCUGGUCAACAGCCAGGCGCACGGACGCAUAGCACCACGGUCCAGCUGGCUGUCGCUGUGAUUUGCUAUAGUUGGCUGCGGCGAGUUGCUGUGGUUUGAGCCUGUAACCCCUCUUGAUAAUAAAAUAAACACAGCUGUCCCCAGGAGUGCUGGCUGCCAGCGCAGGCCUCUCUGGGCCCAGUCACUCCCUUUAGUUUGUUUGUUCAAAGCCUUUGUAUCCUGCUCUUCAGCCGGAAAGGCUCUGUGAGCAGUUUGCAGACCGGCGAAGGCAGCCCAGCCCCGGCUUGUAAUCCAAAAAGGACAUGACACAAAAGGAAAAGGGGAUGGCGAGGGAAGAAGAAACAAGCAGACUCAAGGCGCCCAAAUUCUUAUCCUUGCGAGAUUCUCGUAAAUAACUGGUGUGGUAGAGAAACAGGCUGUUUGCGGUUCAGAAACAGGCCUUGGCAGGCCCCGAGAAAUAGUUUGGCAGUGACUCUACUACCCUGGAAGCAGCAGCUGGAAUUGACCAUUCAAGGUGAGGCCUUGGCUGAACUGACUGGGGCUGAUGGGAGUUGUAGUUCCAAACACCUGGAGGGGGUGCCAAGUUGGCAAAAAACUGCCCUAGAGCCCAAAAAGCGCUUGCACUGCUCUUUCAGCCUGUCAGAGGCAAAAUAUCUCCUCCUAAACACUUUCUUCCAGUUUGGCCAAUGUAAACACACUCCUUUCCCCGGGUGUAUUGAUCCCGUCUGGUUAAAAAAAGUAUUUCUAUUGGUUCACAUAAAAAUAAAAAUAAAAAUAAAAAAUUAUUUAUACCCCGCCCAUCUGGCUGGGCUUCCCCAGCCACUCUGGGCGGCUUCCAAAAAAGAUUAAAAUACUGUAAUACAUCAAACAUUAAGAGCUUCCCUAAACAGGGCUGCCUUCAGAUGUCUUCUAAAAGUCUGGUAGUAGUUGUUCUCUUUGACAUCUGGUGGGAGGGUGUUCUACAGGGAGGGUGCCACCACCGAGAAGGCCCUCUGCCUGGUUCCCAGUAGCUUUGCUUCUCGCAGGGAGGGAACCGCCAGAAGGCCCUUGGCGCUGGACCUCAGUAUCCGGGUAGAACGAUGGGGGUGGAGACGCUCCUUCAGAAAGCUUUCUUCCCUCUGUCUGUCCCACAAUGUCUCUGCCGUCUGGAGGUGCCUGCCUGGGGAUCUUUGGAUCUGGACUGUUUUCACACACCAACAUAUCCUGUAGAGAAUUCUAUAUUUUAUCUGCACAGUUGGAAUGAAUUUCUGGAACCAAAAAGUCCAACUUCGGGAUUCUGUUUUGGCAACUGUAACCCUGGUUUAAGGAACCAUUUGGCACCUAUCUUAUAUAUACAGUGGUACCUCGGGCUACAGACGCUUCAGGUUACAGACUCCACUAACCCAGAAAUAGUACCUCGGGUUAAGAACUUUGCUUCAGGAUGAGAACAAAAAUCGUGCUCCAGCGGCACGGCAGCAGCAGGAGGCCCCAUUAGCUAAAGUGGUGCUUCAGGUUAAGAACAGUUUCAGGUUAAGAACGGACCUCCGGAACGAAUUAAGUUCUUAACCCGAGGUACCACUGUAUAUAACACUGAACUGAUGAUCGUUGGCCAUACAGCAGCACUUUUAACCACUUCCAAAUUGAGGUGGGGACCCUGGAGCCUGGAGUGGGGUUCAAAUGUGGCCCUUCUGUUCUCUCUUUCUGGCCCUUGAGAUCCUCCCUGGGCCACCACCCCCUUCCUCAGCCACGCCUUCCCUGACUUAUUUCUGCUGGAUGUGUUUCCUUGAACUCUGAGACUGCCUCUUGCUCACCUGGUUGGAGAGAUGGGUGUGCGGCUGUAUUUUAGGGUUACCAGACGUCCCCGUUUCCCGGGGACAGUUCCCGGAUCUGCGAAUAAAUCCCCGGGCAAAUUCCAUCCCUGGAAUGUCCCCGGAUUUCAUCUAAUGUCCCCGGAAAAGGCAGUCUCUUUUAUAUAUAUAAUUUUUAUUAACUUUCGAAUAAAAACAAAUUUAUAACACAAUUAAACAUUAGGAACUCAUCACACGUCUUUUUUCUUUCAGACUUCCAUCAACAUGUCUGAUAAUUUUCCGUAGUUAUUACAUAUCUUCACAUUUCUUAAUUUAUAUUGCACUAUGUGUAUCUUAUCUUACCAUGUUAUUUAAACAAUAUUUCUACCAAACCUUCUUACAGAGCUUCUUGGAAACUUACAAACGUUAUAUCAUUAUCACAAAUAUUUUUAAUAUAUUCUGUAAAUUUAUUCCAGUCCUCAGUGAAUCUUUGGUCCCGUCGGUUGCAAAUCCUCCCUGUUAAUCUGUCCAGUUCUGCGUAAUCCAUUAAUUUCAUUCUCCAUUCUUCAAUUGUGGGCAUUUCUUCUUGUUUCCAUUUCUGGGCCAGAAGAGUUCUAGCUGCUGUUACUGCAUACAAAAACACUUUCUGAUCCUUUCUUUUUAUCUCACCACUUAGAAUUCCUAAUAGGAAUGCUUCUGGUUUUUUAACAAAUGUAUAUCUCAAUAUUUUCGUUAUCUCAUUAUAUAUCAUUUCCCAGAAGCACUUCAUUUUUUUUACAUUCCCACCACAUAUGAUAAAAUGUCCCUUCUUUCUCCUUACAUUUCCAACAUUUAUUACUCACUUUAUGCAUCUUACUUAAUUUGACUGGUGUUAUAUACCAUCGAUAUAUCAUUUUCGUAACAUUUUCUUUAAUUGUGAUGCACCAGAAAAUGCAGUCUCAGCAGCCCGGAGCAGUUGGCUCUGUCUGGCUUCAGGAGCUGCUCAGAAGUCCCCAUGUGAUGGUGGUGCAAGGGCUCUAAGAUGCCGCUUCCGGGCUGCCUCCACCUUCCCUGACCCCAGCAACUAAGCUGCGAAGGGAGGCUUCAUGCUGCCUAUCGGAGCAGCCUCCCAACUCCUACUUGUGUGCAAGCAGGGAUCUCUCAGCUGUGAAGGGAGGCUUCAUGCUGCCUAUCAGAGCUUGUGUGCAAGCAGGAUGGGGCAGGGAUCUCUCAGUUAGGCAACGGGAAGCCUCUCUUCCCAGCUGAGGGAUCCCCGCCCCCUCCUGCUUGCACGAAAGUAGGAAUGGGAUUGGGGCUGCUCCGAUGGGAAGAGAGGCAUCGUGCUGCCUGAGAGAUCCCGGCCUCCUCCUGCUUGCACGCAGGUAGGAGUUGGGAUGGGGCGUCUCCGAAAGGCAGUGUGAAGCCUUGCUUCCCAGCUGAGGGAUCCUCGCCCCCUCCUGCUUGCACGAAAGUAGGAAUGGGAUUGGGGCUGCUCCGCUGCCUGAGUCUUGCUACCACUCUCGGCCCUCCUUCUCCGCCUUCCAUGCCUGACCCACCGCACACUGCUUCCCCACCACCACCGAAGAACCAACAACUCGGGCUCAUGGAGAAAGGAGAUAGAAGCCUCAGAGGAAGGGGAAAUGUGGCGGUUGAGGUCAAGGCAGCAGCUGCCCCUCUGCCACUGCCAUCGCUGCAACAUCAACGUCCCGAACGUAGUAUUUCUUUAUUUAAUUUAAAGUGUCCCCAGAUUCAUUGGAAAAAAUCUGGUAACCUUACUGUAUGUGGCCCUUUGGCUGCAUAUGUUUUCUCACUGGCUGGUCUAAAACAGUCUUCACGGGCAGACCUGCGUAGAGUGCGUUGCAGUAGUCUAACUUGGAAGUUGCCUGUUUCGUUCGACCAGGCUGAAUUCAAAGCACCUUCUGCCGUCGUCGCUGCCUAUAACAGUACGCAGAAUAUUAACUUGGCGGCAUGUGAUUCUUCCACCGGUUGUGAGUACAUCCUGUUUUCACUGCUGUGUUUUCUAAGCUUUUGCACUGGUAUAGAUUGUGGCUCACAAGAAAUUCCUUGUCUCUCUCGCUCUCUCUGCCCCCCCCCACCUCCUUCAGGCAUCACCCUAGUACAAUGAAAUCCUUGUUCUUUUGAGAUCUUGCGUACAAAUUGCUCAGGUCUACUUGGGUAGGGGGUGUAAAUGAUACUGUCCAGGUGUGUUUUUUCCGCCGCACCUGCGCAGGCUGGCUGCAGGUUUUGUCUUUUGUGCAUCAAGUGUCCAGCUUUUGCUCAUAUUUCCUGGUCCGCUUGUCCUGGGGGCUUGGGCAGGGGGUUUCGGCGCUGUGUACGGCAGAAUGUCGUUGAUGCAAAAAUAGUUCAUUGCUGGUGGAUAGCCCUAGGGCCAGAUUUAGGUUUGAUGAGGCCCUAAGCUACCGAAGGUAAUGGGGCCCUGUAUAUAUCCAGCUGCCCUUUGUCAACGACAAAUUGUCACUGUUUUUUGUAUUACAGUGGUACCUCAGGUUACAUACGCUUCAGGUUACAGACUCCGCUAACCCAGAAAUAGUACCUCGGGUUAAGAACUUUGCUUCAGGAUGAGAACAGAAAUCGUGCUCCAGCAGCACGGCAGCAGCGGGAGGCCCCAUUAGCUAAAGUGGUGCUUCAGGUUAAGCACAGUUUCGGGUUAAGAACGGACCUCCGGAACGAAUUAAGUACUUAACCCGAGGUACCACUGUACAUGAAAUUAAUCAGUAGCCAUAAGACUCAUACCCUUAGUCUAUGCUGCCUAAUCAUCAGUCUACAAGCACUCUUUAAUAUUAGAUAACAGCAGGGGUAGGCAACCUAAGGUCUACCGUCCCUCAGACCAUGUGGGGGGCCGGACUAUAUUUUGAAAAAAAUUCCUAUGCCCCACAAAUAACCCAGAGAUGCAUUUGAAAUCAAAGCACACAUUCUACUCACGUAAAAACACCAGGCAGGCCCCACAAAUAACCCAGAGAUGGGUCAAUUUUAAAAUUGAAGGGCACAUUCUACUCAUGUAAAAAUACGCCGAUUCCCAGACCGUCCAUGGGCCAGAUUUAGAAGCUGAUUGGGCCAGAUCUGGCCCCCGGGCCUUAGUUUGCCUACCCAUGAUUAAAACAAACCAGGGUUUGUAAGCCGACAGCUUCAAAUGGUGUGUUGUUGGCAGUAAUGAAACCAUAAUAAAUGUGAUAAAAUAAAUCACAAUUUAAUAAACCAAAAGGUAAAGGGACCCCUGACCGUUAGGUCCAGUCGCGGACCACUCUGGGGUUGCGAUGCUCCUCUCUUUACUGGCUGAGGGAGCCAACGUUUGUCCACAGUUUUUCCGGGUCACGUGGCCAGCAUGACUAAGCCGCUUCUGGCGAAUCAGAGCAGCACACGGAAACGCCGUUUACCUUCCCACCGGAGUGGUACCUAUUUAUCUACUUUCACUUUGACGUGCUUUCAAACUGCUAGGUCGGCAGGAGCAGGGACCGAGCAACGGGAGCUCACCCCGUCGCGGGGACUCGAACUGCCGACCUUCUGAUCGGCAAGCCCAUGGCUCUGUGGUUGGCAUUUUGUAUGGGUUAGGAGCUGCCUGCUAAAGGAGGCAUCAUCUAGCUUCAGAUUUGCAACUAGCGGCCAACCUCUGAGCACGCAGCAUCUUAAGUGGAACCAGUGGCAUAUCUCAUGCUUUUAUGUCUGUUCCUAGGUACCUCCUCGAGCAAGAAUUUCCCGGUAUGAGGAUUGGUCCAGAGCCCACGACGGACUCCUUCAUUGCCGUGAUGCAGGGCGACGUGGAAGGCAUAAUUCCCGGGAAUGCGCUGGUGGUUGAUCCCAAGAAGCCUUUCAGGAAACUGAAUGCCUUCGGCAAUGCCUUCUUGAACAGGUCAGUGAGGAGCGCUCUGCUCUCAAGAUAGAUAAUAAUAAUAAGAAUAAUAAUUUUUUAUACCCUGCCCAUCUGGCUGAGUUUCCCCAGCCACUCUGGGCGGCUUCCAAUCAAGUGUUAAAAACAAUACAGCAUUAAAUAUUAAGAAGAAGAAGAGUUUGGAUUUGAUAUCCCGCCUUUCACUCCCUUUAAGGAGUCUCAAAGCGGCUAACAUUCUCCUUUCCCUUCCUCCCCCACAACAAACACUCUGUGAGGUGAGUGGGGCUGAGAGUCUUCAGAGAAGUGUGACUAGCCCAAGGUCACCCAGCAGCUGCAGGUGGAGGAGCGGAGACGCGAACCCGGUUCCCCAGAUUACGAGACUACCGCUCUUAACCACUACACCACACUGGCUCUCCCUAAACUUCCCUAAACAGGGCUGCCUUCAGAUGUCUUUUAAAGAUAGGAUAGCUGCUUAUUUCCUUGACAUCUGAUGGGAGGGCGUUCCACAGGGCGGGUGCCACUACCGAGAAGGCCCUCUGUCUGGUUCCCUGUAACCUCGCAAUGAGGGAACCGCCAGAAGGCCCUUGGAGCUGGACCUCAGUGUCCGGGCAGAACGAUGGGGGUGGAGACGCUCCUUCAGGUAUAUUGGACCGAGGCCGUUUAGCGCUUUAAAGGUCAACACCAACACUUUGAAUUGUGCUCAGAAACGUACUGGGAGCCAAUGUAGGUCUUUCAAGGCCGGUGUUAUGUGGUGUUGGCGGCCGCUCCCAGUCCCCAGUCUAGCUGCCGCAUUCUGGAUUAGUUGUAGUUUCCGGGUCACCUUCAAAGGUAGCCCCACAUAGAGCGCAUUGCAGUAGUCCAAGCGUGAAAUAACUAGAGCAUGCACCACUUUGGCGAGACAGUCUGCAGGCAGGGAGGGUCUCAUCCUGCGUACCAGAUGGAGCUGGUAGACAGCUGCCCUGGACCACAGAAUUAACCUGCGCCUCCAUGGACAGCUGUGAGUCCAAAAUGACUCCCAGGCUGCGCACCUGGUCCUUCAGGGGCACAGUGACCCCAUUCAGGACCAGGGAGUCCUCCACACCCGCCCGCCUCCUGUCCCCCCAAAACAGUACUUCUGUCUUGUCAGGAUUCAACCUCAAUCCGUUAGCCACCAUCCAUCCUCCAACCACCUCCAGGCACUCACACAGGACCUUCACCGCCUUAAAGAUAAAACUUUAUUCGCAUUAGCCAAUGGCCAUAGCAACAGUAAAACAUUACAGUAUAUGCAGAAAAGGAAAUUUGAUAUAAGAGCACAGUUUAAAGUCCUGAAUCAGCCGUCAGUUAGUACGACAUGGCAGGGGCCAACCAGGUCGUGAAGAUCUCAAGCUCCUGGCUUGGCUACCUCAGGUUGUCCCCAAAUUAGAUAGCUAACCCCCCCCCCCCAAGAACAGAGGGACACUAUAGCUCUACCAAACAGACCCCCACCGACAGAGCAAAUGGGAGGUUUUUUUUAGACAAAGUAGGGCUCCUAGACAAGGUGGAAAUGAUGGAAACAGGUCUCUUGAGGGAACAGGGUCUAAAGUUGCUGUCCGGGAACAUAGCAGGCUGGCACGCAAAGAAGAAUUUGUUGUUUAGCCGUGUCCGACUCUUCGUGACCCCCUGGACCAGAGCACUCCAGGCACUCCUGUCUUCCACUGCCUCCCACAGUUUGGUCAGACUCAUGUUGGUAGCUUCGAGAACACUGUUCCACUAUCUCUUCCUCUGUCGUCCCCUUCUCCUUGUGCCCUCCAUCUUUCCCAACAUCAGGGUAUUUUUCCAGGGAGUCUUCUCUUCUCCUGAGGUGGCCAAAGUCUUGGAGCCUCAGCUUCAGGAUCUGUCCUUCCUGUGAGGACUCAGGGCUGAUUUCCCUAAGAGUGGAUAGGUUUGAUCUUGCAGUCCAUGGGACUCUCAAGAAUCUCCUCCAGCACCAGAAUUUGAAAGCAUCCAUUCUUCGGCCAUCAGCCUUCUUUAUGGUCCAGCUAUCACUUCCAUACAUCACGACUGGGAAAACCAGAGCUUUAACUAUACGGACCUUAACCAACACCUAAUGUCCUACCUUAUGUAAUUUGACAUCAUGCUCCACCAAGACACAUGGCAUAGCGACCCUAUAACGCUUAAUGGCUAUAGUUGCCAUUCUUUGCCUGCCACCCCCUCCUCAAGGGGAGGAAGGCCCAGCGGGGGUCUAGCCUGUUUUAUCUCCACAGCGCUAGACCACAUUACAACAGCUUCAACCUCUUGCAACUCACUUGCAGUGGCCGUCCUACUCAAACUAAGGAGUGCCUCUUUAUUGCUGGUCAACGUCUAUAUACCGCCAUGCCAGAAAAAAGCUACCAUUGAGGCCACUUGAGCAGAUUCAGAGUCCUGUAUAGAGUCUCUCGAAUCCAUCCAUCCUCUUCUUCCCCUCCGCUCUCCAGAGCUGCUUUAUAAUGCAACACAGUGAUAAUGCUCUAUGGAACUCCCUGCCUGUUGACAUCAGGCAGCAGGUGCCUUCCCUGUUUUCUCUUUUUGGCGCCUGCUACAAACGUCCUAGUUUAAUGUCUGUUAAACCACAGAGCCUAGGACUUGCCGAUCCGAAGGUCGGCGGUUCGAAUCCCCGCGACGGGGUGAGCUCCCGUUGCUCAAUCCCUGCUCCUGCCAACCUAGCAGUUCGAAAUCACACCAGUGCAAGUAGAUAAAUAGGUACCGCUCCGGUGGGAAGGUAAACGGUGUUUCCGUGUGCUGCUCUGGUUCGCCAGAAGCGGCUUAGUCAUGCUGGCCACAUGACCCGGAAGCUGUACACAGGCUCCCUCAGCCAAUAAAGCGAGAUGAGUGCCGCAACCCCAGAGUCGGCCACGACUGGACCUAAUGGUCAGGGGUCCCUUUACUUUUACCUUUACAAACAUUCUUGCUUAGGCCAGCCUAUUCUGAUAGGUAGAAUGCCGACAUGUGUUUUAAUCAAGUUUUUAGUUUAUCUUUGAUUCUAAUGAUGCCUCAAGCAGUUUGUGUGUGUGUGUGUGCUGUUUUGAGGCAGGCGCCGAAAGGAACAAUGUUUUUUGUGCGUGCCUUUGUCCCUGGCCAAAUUUGCCUCCUGACUUUCCUGGCAUUUACUUAGCCCCAGCGCUUUCUCAGAUGCUAACUAGCAGGUCGGACUCCUGCCGGGGCAAAGGCUUAAAAGCAGGACAAACAAACCCUUGUGGCGAAACCCUAAAUUUAACACAUGAAAACAUUUUUCUCGGCGGCUGCCUUUUAACUGUCGGAAGAGGGUGAAGAGAGUGUGGAAGACAACUCUUAGCAGGGGGGCCUAGAUCUGAUUUAUUGUUUGGACAGCUAAAUAAUCAAGAACAUUUCCUUCCAAAACAUCAGGAGGCUGGUAUUAAAGGGAAAGAGAUAUUCUGCUGUCUGCCUGUUACAUACGGGGCUGGCCAUGGUGGUGUUCGCCAUGUGGAGCAUUAAACGAGUUGUUGUUUCCGGGUUUGGAUUUCAGGAUGAAUUUUUCCAUUUGGAUUUCAUUAUUUUUCUUUGCUGGAUUAAUGCCCCACCUUUUUCUCCAAGGAGCUCAAGGUGGCAUGUUGUUGUUGUUUAGUCGUUUAGUCGUGUCCGACUCUUCGUGACCCCCUGGACCAGAGCACGCCAGGCCCUCCUGUCUUCCGCUGCCUCCCGCACUUUGGUCAAACUCACGUUUGUAGCCUCGAGAACACUGUCCCACCAUCUCGUCCUCUGUCGUCCCCUUCUCCUUGUGCCCUCCAUCUUUCCCAACAUCAGGCUCUUUUCCUGGGAGUCUUCUCUUCUCAUGGGGUGGCCAAAGUAUUGGAGCCUCAGCUUCAGGAUCUGUCCUUCCAGUGACCACUCAGGGCUGAUUUCCUUAAGAAUGGAGAGGUUUGAUCUUCUUGCAAUCCAUGGGACUCUCAAGAGUCUCCUCCAGCACCAGAAUUCAAAAGCAUCCAUUCUCCAGCGAUCAGCCUUCUUUAUGGUCCAGCUCUCAUUUCCGUACAUCGCUACUGGGAAAACCAUAGCUUUAACUAUACGGACCUUUGUCGGCAAGGUGAUGUCUCUGCUUUUUAAGAUGCUGUCUAGGUUGGUCAUUACUUUUCUCCCAAGAAGCAGGCGUCUUUUAAUUUCGUGACCAUCUGCAGCGAUCAUGGAGCCCAAGAAAGUAAAAUCUCUCACUUCCUCCAUUUCUUCCCCUUCUAUUUGCCAGGAGGUGAUGGGCCUAGUAGCCAUGAUCUUCGUUUUUAAUUCCCAACAACAAGACUGUGAGGUAGGCUAGGCAGAAAGACUGUGACUGGCCCACAGUCACCAAGGGAGCUCGUGACCAGGUGGAGAUUUGAACCCGGGUCUCCUAGGUCCUAGUCUGACAAUCUAGCCACUGGGCCACACUGACUCCAUUGGGCUUGUUUUUACGGAGGAUCAGAAGGUCAGCGGUUCGAAUCCCCGCGAUGGGGUGAGCUUCCGUUGCUCGGUCCCUGCUCCUGCCAACCUAGCAGUUUGAAAGCAUGUCAAAGUGCAAGUAGAUAAAUAGGUACCGCUCCGGCGGGAAGGUAAACGGCGUUUCCGUGCACUGCUGUGGUUUCGCCAGAAGAGGCUUAGUCAUGCUGGCCACAUGACCCGGAAAAACUGUCUGCAGAAGCAGACAAACGCCGGCUCCCUCGGCCUGUAAAGCAAGAGGAGCGCCGCAACCCCAGAGUCGUUCGCGACUGGACUUAAUUGUCAGGGGUCCCUUUACCUUUACCCUUUAGUCUUCAGCACAUGCAAUGCAUUUCAGUGGAGAACUUCGGAGGAAAACCAGUGGGCCAAGGCUUAAUUCUCACCCGAAAUAUUGUCCUUGUUCUGUCCCUUGUAUUACCUCGUUGUGACAUUUUUCUUCUGCCUUUCCACCCCUUAGAUUUGUUUGUGCGCAGCUGCCAAAUCCGGUUCUGGAGAGCAUCAGCGUGAUUGACACUCCAGGGAUCCUUUCCGGGGAGAAGCAGCGAAUCAGCCGAGGUAAAGUGAAAGCAGCAGCUUCUCUGGAUGUCAUUGCUGAGGAGUAAAAGCUUAAGCACGUUGCAGAGUUCCCAAACGAUAGACCAGAGGCAAUUGAUAACUUCAUCCAGCAGAGCUCUACUGCUACUGAAGGCAAAUCAGCAUACAGUAGAACCUUGGUUUACGUUGCGAAAGAGGCAAACCUGGAAGUAUUUUUCCGGGUUUCGCCGCUCGCGCAUAUGCAGAACAGGCACCUCCAGUUGCAGAAACCUCUUGAUCCGACCAGAGCUCCGGAACGGAUCCAGUCCGCAACCAGAGGUACCACUGUAAUGGUCACAAAUCCAAUACAUUCAGGAUUGGCCCUGUCCAUAAGAAAUCCAGUUGCAGCAGACUUAACUUAAACUUACAAUUACUCAUAAUAAGUCUAAACCAGGGGUCAGCAAACUUUUUCAGCAGGGAGCCGGUCCACUGUCCCUCAGACCUUGUGGGGGGCUGGACUAUAUUUUGGGAAAAAAUGAACGAAUUCCUAUGCCCCACAAAUAACCCAGAGAUUCAUUUUAAAUAAAAGCACACAUUCUACUUAAGUAAAAACACGCCGAUUCCCCGGACCGUCUGUGGGCCGGAUUUAGAAGGCGAAGCCCAAUAAAAGUAAAAUCUCUCACUGCCUCCAUUUCUUCCCCUUCUAUUUGCCAGGAGGUGAUGGGCCCAGUGGCCGUGAUCUUCGUUUUUUUUUUUUAUGUUGAGCUUCAGACCAUAUUUUGCGCUCUCCUCUUUCACCCUCAAUAAAAGGUUCUUUAAUUCCUCCUCACUUUCUGCCAUCCAGGUUGUGUCAUCUGCACAUCUGAGGUUGUUGAUAUUUCUUCCGGCAAUCUUAAUUCCAGCUUGGGAUUCAUAAAGAAAAUCUUGCUCAGGGUUUAAAGUCAUCCUUUGUGGCUGUUUGAACCCGUGGCUGAGCCAAGUUUCUCCCCAAUGCCACGUUGAAUAGCGGCUGCUGCCAGUGGUGCGUUCUCGGGUAUUUAAAAGAAAAAAACGUUUUCUAUAAAUAGCUAUCGUCCGUGUUGGUUCGGCUAUAAAUAGGCUUCUCUCUCGGGAUCUAUCGAUAAUUACCUCGGCCGCUGACACCCUUGAUAUUUCUCACUCUGUUGGCCUGAAUUUCUCUUUCCAAAUGUCCCUUUUCUGUGCUCGUUAGUGAGCCAGGCCUGUGUGUGAAACGAGGCUUGACGCAUUUUGCCAAGUCCUCCUGACCUUUCCAGUCAUCCUUGAAGGUGGGAGAGACAGGCCAACUCUGAAAAUUCAUCAAGGCUCCUCUUUGCGAAGGUCUCCAGUCCCUUCUACGGCCUCUGAACCGCUAACGGACUCCAGAGCAAGAACAUUUCUCCUUUUGUGGGACGCGGGGACCGUCUGGGAAAAUCGUUUCGCCAACCCAGCUGUCUGUUUGGAGAAGGGCUCCCUGGGAGAUCACUUGCCUUGCAUGCAGAAGGCAGUAAAUCACAUAAAGUAAAUUAUUAGGGGGGAAAACCACGGGAUCUGCACAGCAAAUCUUCUUCUGUAAGUCUUGCCCUUGGGGGGCAGUUGCAGAGACUGGAGAUCUCUGCCUUCCCCCAGCUGCCUAAGUCCCCCUUUUUUUAAUAAUGGUUUUUAUUAAUUUUCAAUUACAAUAAUCCAAUAAAAGCCACAUUAUCACAAUACCGACUUUGUUGUUGUUGUUUGGUCGUGUCCGAUUCUUCGUGACCCCCUGGACCAGAGCACACCAGGCACUCCUGUCUUCCACUGCCUCCCGCAGUUUGGUCAAACUCAUGCUGGUAGCUUCGAGGACACUGUCCAACCAUCUCGCCCUCCGUCAUCCCCUUCUCCUUGUGCCCUCCAUCUUUCCCAACAUCAGGGUCUUUUCCAGGGAGUCUUCUCUUCUCCUGAGGUGGCCAAAGUCUUGGAGCCUCAGCUUCAGGAUCUGUCCUUCCAGUGAGCACUCGGGGAUGAUUUCCUACAAUACAAUUAAAAGAGCCAGUUAUUAAAAGUCCAAAUUAAACUAUUCUAGGUGAGUUCCUGUGUGCUGGAUUUCAGGGUGCCAAAUUCUUAUUUCUUUCUGCUUCCGUAAUCUUGAUUAAUCCAGUUACAACAGUUCUGAUCUUGCUCCUUCGUUCAGCAGCCACUGGUUUCUUGACUAUCGUUCGUAAUUGCACAUUUAAUGAAUUUUAUUUGAGCAAGAGGAGCUUGCAUCCUAUAAAAUUUCCCUGUGUGAGGUGUUUAUUUUCCAUAUGUUUCUGCCUUCUUCCUGUUGUAAUCCAGUCGAACCCAGCAUCUCUGCUUCCACUUUUUCGUGCUCUCAAGGGCUGAAAUUUCGGCUGCAUCACACAUGCCAUCCUUUGUCAUUAUGGCAACAGCAAAUUCUGCUGUACGGGCGUGGGGUGGUGAGCACUCUGCACAUGCUCAGGUGCUCACUCACUAAAUGACUGUGUGGAGGAGAUCUCGGGUGCAACUAGCAGCAGAAAAGCUCAGUGCUGUCUGGGGGCGGGGGACUGAUGGGAGCAGUAGUUGAAAAACACCUGGAGGGCACCAGGUUGACGAAGGCCUGAGUUAGUGAGUCUUAAUGUUAGCAUUGCUAGGGAUGCAGGUGGCGCUGUGGGUUAAACCACAGAGCCUAGGACUUGCCGAUCAGAAGGUCGGCGGUUUGAAUCCCCGUGAUGGGGUGAGCUCCCGUUGCUCAGUCCCUGCUCCUGCCCACCUAGCAGUUCGAAAGCACGUCAAAGUGCAAGUAGAUAAAUAGGUACCGCUCCGGCGGGAAGGUAAACGGCGUUUCCGUGCGCUGCUCUGGUUCGCCAGAAGAGGCUUAGUCAUGCUGGCCGCAUGACCCGGAAGCUGUACGCUGGCUCCCUCUGCCAAUAAAGCGAGAUGAGUGCCGCAACACCAGAGUCGGUCACGACUGGACCUAAUGGUCAAGGGUCCCUUUAUCUUUACCAUUAAUGUUAGUAUUGUUCCUGCUCAGCAGCCUUUCUCAACCUGUGGGUCCCCAGAUGUUGUUGGACUACAACUCCCAUCACCCCUAGGUAGCAAUGCCAGAGCUCAAGGAUGAUGGGAGUUGUAGUCCAACAACAUUUAGGGAGCCACAGGUUGAGAACCGUUGCAAUACACAUUGUCCGUCUCCUUAUAUAAACCAAUUAAGUGGUCAGUUCUUGGAACAAUUAAGAAUGGGAGUGGUGCUUUUGCUAAGCGCUGACUUAGCCUUGCCAGAAAACAUUUCCAAGGCCUGUUUGAUCAGUGGCAGGUGCCAACAUUGAGAGCACUUUCAGCAAGUUUGCCUUUUAUGCGUCGCUGUCCGAAGAAAUUAGAAAAUCUGAAAUUGUUGACGGACCUGGUAUGGUUGCAAAACCAACAAAUUAUUGGGGGAGAGAGAGAGAGAAACUAAUUCCCCUUUCUUAAUAAAUCGUUCAGAAUCCCGAAGCAUAAUCAUUCCAGUUCUUUUCGGAAUGGUUUUUACGGGGCCUCUUCCAACUCUACAGUUCUUAUUAUUCCAUAUGUAUCCAGCUGCAGCGAUUGAGCCAAAAUGACCCCCUCCUGUGCAGCAACGUAGAGAGAUCUGAAUCUGGGUCGUACGACGAGCCCUUGAGCGAGACUUGAACCCGGGACAUGCCCUGUGCUGCUUUGUCUUAAUGCAAAUGUUAGUUCUGGAAGCCUGACCUGCAAGCAUCUCUUUUCCCUUUGGCUGAGAGAAGCAGGGCAGAUGUAAGGCUGUGAAAAGCCGCUUGUGCAAUUUUCCCUUGGGAUUCGCUGCAGCCAGAGUAUUCCCACUGUGUCCUUUUCUGCUAUUUGUUAAGUUUUCCUAUGGAGAAAUAAGAAGCAGCUCUCGCCCUGGAGCAGCAGUUCCUGGCUAGGAAGAACAUGCAUAAUUUUUCACCUUUAUAUACAGUGGUACCUUGGUUCUCAAACGCCUUGGAACCCAAACACUGCAAACCCAGAAGUGUUCCGGUUUACGAACUUUUUUCAGAAGCCGAACGUGCUCCGUUUUGAGUGUUACGCUUCUGAUUUGAGUGCCACACUUUCGUUCUGAGUGUUACGCUGAGGCCCGUCUGUUUUUGCUAUUUAUUUUGCGUUUUUGUGGCUCUUUUUUUCUUUUUGUGUGGAACCCAGUUCAGCUACUGAUUGUGUGACUGCAGUACAUUGUUUAUUGCUUUCAUUUUAUGGAUCAAUGGUCCUGUUAGAUAGUAAAAUUCAUGUUAAAUUGCUAUUUUCGGGGUCGUUUUUAAAAGUCUGGAACAGAUUAAUCCAUUGCUUUCUAUGGGAGAGCGUGCUUCGGUUUUGGAACGGUCUUCUGGAACGGACUAAGUUUGAGAACCAAGGUACCACUGCGUUACAAAGGCACGAGAACCUUGAAUUGCGCCUGGAAAUGAACCGGUGACUGAUGUGGCUGUUUUAAAACAGGCGUUAUAUGAGAUCUACAUGGAACCCUGGUCAGUUUUGGACCAGCUGAAGUUUCUUAGUCGCCUUCAAGGCCAGUCCAUGCAGAGUACAUUGCAAUAACCCAAUACGGAAUUCUACUCAAUAUGGAAUUCUACUCAAUAUUGAUCCAGAGCAGAACUCCGACAUAUAGUUAGCAGAGUAAAAACUUAAGCACAUUGUUCGGUUUGGUUCUCUAUAGAACCAUCUCGCUCUAUAGGCCGAGGGAGCCGGUGUACAGCUUCCGGCUCAUGUGGCCAGCAUGACUAAGCCGCUUCUGGCGAACCAGAGCAGCGCACAGAAACGCCGUUUACCUUCCCGCCGGAGCGGUACCUAUUUAUCUACUUGCACUUUGACAUGCUUUCGAACUGCUAGGUUGGCAGGAGCAGGGACCGAGCAAUGGGAGCUCACCCCGUUGCGGGGAUUCGAACCGCCGACCUUCUGAUCGGCAAGUCCUAGGCUCUGUGGUUUAACCCACAGCGCCACCCGCGUCCCCGCAGGAAUAUGUAGCUGCCCCUUAUUACAUGGAUGGCCUUAGCGUUUUGAGCUCCACAACCGACGGAGCCAUCCCUGGUGUUCUGACGGGACUCCCCUCUCUCCUUCCCCGACGUAGGCUACGACUUCGCCGCCGUCCUGGAGUGGUUUGCCGAGCGGGUGGACCGCAUCAUCCUCCUCUUCGACGCCCACAAGCUGGACAUCUCGGACGAGUUCUCCGAGGUCAUCAAAGCCCUGAAGAACCACGAGGACAAGAUGAGGGUGGUGCUCAACAAGGCGGACCAGAUCGAGACACAGCAGCUGAUGAGGGUCUACGGGGCGCUCAUGUGGUCGCUGGGGAAGAUCGUCAACACGCCCGAGGUCAUCAGGGUCUACAUCGGCUCCUUCUGGUCUCACCCGCUCCUCAUCCCCGAUAACCGCAAGCUCUUCGAGGCAGAGGAGCAGGACCUCUUCAGGGAUAUCCAGAGCCUGCCCCGAAACGCAGCCCUCCGGAAACUGAACGACCUCAUUAAGCGGGCAAGGCUGGCCAAGGUGAAUGUCUGUCUGUCUGUCUGUCUGUCUGUCUCUCUCCCCAGUGGCCUAUUCCUUUUUUGAAAAAAAUUCAAAAUUAUAACGACAUAUUAUCCAAAAACAUAUCAUUCUUGUUCCCCCCCCCAUUUGUCCUCCCUCCCACCCACCCCCCGACUUCCCUCAGUUCCAGUCUUUGGUUUCUCUAAGAAUGCUGUUUUCUGCAUGCUACAAAGUUGUAUAGAUCCUCAAACUAUUUAGCUGAUUAUUAUCAAUAAAAGGUUUGUGAAUGUUUAUUCAAAACUUGCCAAGGAGACCAGUUCACUUUGUUGCAUCUUCAGAUCCUUUGUAAAGGGUUCCCAUUCAUCCUUAAAGUCACAGUUAUCCUUGUCCCGUAGCUUGUAUGUCAGUUUUGCCAGUUCUGCCUAGUCCGUCAAUUUUUCUUGCCAUGAUUCUUUAGUUGGGGUUUCUUCAGUCUUCCAUCCUUGUGCUACCAGAACUCUCGCAGCCGUUGUCGCAUACAUGAAGAUGUUUUUCAAUCCUGAAGGGAUUUUCGGAAGCAGGUGCACAAGGAGAGCUUUUCUCUGCCCACUUGGCCAGUCCCAGAGAUUAGCCUAGCGUUCCUCAAACUUGGGUCCCCCGGCUGCUGUCGGACUACAACUCCCAUCUUCCCUAGCUUCCAGGACCCAGUGGUCAGGGAUGAUGGGAGUUGUAGUCCAGCGGCAGUUGGAGACCCACAUUUGAGAAAGGCCUCCUCUAAGCACCACAUCACGCUGGCUCUGGUUAUACAGUGGAACCUCAGUUUUCGAACGUAAUCCGUUCCGGAAGGCCAUUCAGCUUCCGAAACGUUUGAAAACCGAGGCAGUCCGCAAAUUUACAGACAAAAUUGAUAAAAAUUCAGUGGUACCUCAGUGGAAGCCGUUCGACUUCCGAGGCGCGUUCAGAAACGGAAGCGUUUACUUCCAGGUUUUUGGCAUUCGAGUUCCGGAACAUUCGUCAACGGAGACGUUUGAAAACCGAGGUACUGCUAUAAUUUUGCAGUUACAGGCUGCUUUCUACCCCUUCUUUCUGUUUGUCCUCAUCAUCAGACUGAGGAUAGCUUGACCUAAGGGACUGUGCUGCGCUCAAAGCACCCAAGAAAUGUCACGACGGAAAAAGUAUUUUGAAACGGAGUGUUGCAAGGCAUCUGUUUUGUCCUGCGUCCUGCUCAGAAACAUGCAAAAUAAAAUAAAAUUCAACUGUGUCUACCUGAGAACCAGUGUGACGUAGUGCAGCCUUCGCUAACCUGAGGGCUUCCAGAUAUUUUGGAUCGCAGAUCCCAUCAGUCCCAUAAAAAGAUGGUUUGGGGAAGAUGCUCAACAUACCUGAGAUUAUCAGGGACCCAGGUUUGAGGAAAAACUGGGCUAGAGAGCCAGACUAGGACCUGGGAGACGAGAGACAAAUCCUGACUCGGCUGUGAAGCUCAUUGGGUGAGCUUCUGUCUCUUAGCCUAAUCUACCCAUAGCUGUCAAGUGUCCCUUAUUUGGUGGGACAGCCCUUAUCCCAGUGCCAUGUCCUGCUACUGUCCCUUAUUGAUGAGGCUUCAUUUGGCUGCUGGCUGGGCUUUCUGCCUUUGGCUCAGAGGGGCUCAGAAGUUGAACAUACCUGUGCCUGGAAAAUCCCUUAUUUUGGCUGCUGAUCCCUUAUUUUCAAAUCUGUAAGUUGACAGCUAUGACUCUACCUCGUAGGGUGGUUGGGAUAAAAUGGGAAAGGAGGAAUCACCUUGAGCUCUUUGCAGAAAAAGAGGAGAAUAUUUGGGCAGGAGGGAUGGAGAAUCAGAUGAGAAUGAGGUGGUGUUGUUGUCUAAAAAAAACACAAAAUAUUUAGAAGAACAACUUUAUUAUUACAGUCACAGACCAGUUCUGGGUCACUUCAUAAAACACAACAGGGAUACAUUGAAUUGCAGUUGGGUGUAACAGAGACAAUUCAGAUAUAGCGGCAGUUAAAAAAAUAUAUUAAAUCUUGGUUGCUAAAAUAUAACCUAAAAUUAUCAUUUAAAACCUUAAUCAUUUUGGUAAUACAGCUUGUUCCCUAAGUUUUAUGGCAGUCGCAAAGUAUUUACACCUCCUUUCUGUGAUGUCCUUAGGUCCACGCCUACAUCAUUAGCUCCCUUAAGAAGGAAAUGCCCUCGGUGUUUGGGAAAGACAACAAGAAGAAAGAGCUCGUGAACAAUUUGGGCGAGAUCUACGGGCGCAUCGAACGGGAGCAUCAGAUUUCGCCGGGAGACUUUCCCAAUCUGAAGAAGAUGCAGGUGAAUGCCAGGAAAAACAAAGCGCAUCUGAGAACCGGGACGGAAAACUCCUCAGUUUCACUUGCACAGAGGGAGGUCUGAGGCAAAGAUGAACUUUGCUGCCCACCUUGGCUAGAACGUUCCGGUUUGGAAGGAAAGCUUUCCUUUCGGCCAGAAGAGAAAUCUCAUUUUCGGUUCAGAUUAUCGUUCUGGGGAGGAAGCCUGCUUUCUAAAUUUCAGAGUCAGAAUAAUCAUAGAAUUGUAGAGUUCGAAAUUGGGGACCCCUGAGGUCCUCUAGUCCAACCCCCUGCAAUGCAGGAAUCUCAGCUGAAGCGUCUGUGAUAGAUGGCCAUCCCAUCUCUGCUUUAAAAUCUCCAAGGAAAGAGAGUCCAUCGGAGGAAGUCCCAUCCUACUGUCAAACGGCGAUUGCUGUCAAAAAGCUCUUCCUAACCUUGAGUUCGAAUCGCCUUUCUUGUAAUUUUAAUCCGCUGUCGUAAUCAGAAUUAUAUUUCAUACCCCACCCAUCUGACUGGGUUUCCCCAGCCUCUCUGGGCAGCUUCCGACAUAAUAAAAACACAGCAACAUGUCAAACGUUAAAAGCUUCCCGAUACAGGGCUGCCUUCAGAAGUCUUCUAAAAGUUGUGUAGUUAUUCAUCUCCUUGACAUCUGGUGGGAGGGCAUUCCACAGGGCGGGCGCCACCACCGAGAAAGCCCUGUAACUUCACUUCUCGCAGGGAGGGAACCGCCAGAAGGCCCUCGGAGCUGGACCUCAGUGUCCGGGCCAAACAAUGGGGGCGGAGACGCUCCUUCAGGUUUAAUGGGCCAGAGCCAUUUAGGGCGUUAAAAGUCAACGCCCUCGACAGCCCUCCAGAUAUUUGAAGAUGGCUAUCCUAUCACCUCCGAGUUUCCUCUUCCAGGCUAAAUGUACCCAGCUCCCUCAACCAUUCCUCAUAAGGCCGUUGUUCUCAGAGGGUGUGGCACGCCACAGUGGUGUGGUCGGAUGUGAUGACAAUUGUGGCAGGAAGAUUCAAGGACAAUCAAAGAAGCGUUAACACGUUUCAGUGUAGUAUAGUAUCAAAAUAAUUUUGGGGGAUAUUCAACCAGAACUGGGACACGGGUGGCGCUGUGGGUUAAACCACAGAGCCUAGGACUUGCCGAUCAGAAGGUCGGCGGUUCGAAUCCCCACGACGGGGUGAACUCCCGUUGCUCGGUCCCUGCUCCUGCCAACCUAGCAGUUCAAAAGCACGUCAAAGUGCAAGUAGAUAAAUAGGUACCACUCCGGCGGGAAGGUAAACGGCGUUUCCGUGCACUGCUCUGGUUCACCAGAAGCAGCUUAGUCAUGCUGGCCACAUGACCCGGAAGCUGUACACCGGCUCCCUCGGCCAAUAAAGCGAGAUGAGCACCGCAACCCCAGAGUCGUCCGCCACUGGACCUAAUGGUCAGGGGUCCCUUUACCUUUACAACCAGAACUAGUACCUAGGCCCCUCUUCAAGAGCAUUGGCCAUUCUUCUGUGCUUCUCUGCAACAUAUUGUCGUGAAGAGGGAUUUCCAACUCUGACAAAUAGGAAAGAUCAGAAAAGAGAAAUCCUUCUUUGUGCUGAUGAGGGGAUUGCAGUUAGUUUGUCUCAAGUCAGGCCUAAUAGAAGUGCUGCAAAAGCCAGUGCACACCUCUCAUUAAAUCUUCCAGGUAUGGAUAGGUAUAUUUUCAAAACCAAGCACUGCUAGGAGUUGUUUCUCCCCCCAACCAAACAUAUUUCUUGCCAAUUUAAAAAUCAGUGUGGCGAAUUUUUAUUCCGGAGGGAAAACGUUUGAGAGCUACUUCUCAGGAGGCUUGGUUGUAAUAAAUAAUAACAAUAAAAUUUUAUUUAUAUCCCGCCCUCCCCAGCCAAAGCGGCUAAUGCCAGUAAAAAUAGCACAGUUUACAUAAAAUCACAAUCAAUUAAUUGAAAUACCUUCUGAAAUCAAUUCAGAAUCAAAUUCAUGGCAACCAUUGUGCUAGAGUUCUGUAAGGAUUACCAAAGGAGGAGGUGAGACUGUGCCUUGGCCAAAGGCCUGGUGGAACAGCUCUGUCUUGCAGGCCCUGUGGAAAGAUGUCAAGUCCCGCAGGGCCCCAGUCUCUUGGGACAGAGCGUUCCACCAGAUCGGAGCCAGUACUGAAAAGUCCCUGGCUCUGGUUGAGACAAGCCUAACCUCUCUGUGGCCCGGGACCUCCAAGAUGUUUUUGUUUGAAGACCGUAAGGUCCUCCAUGGGACAUACCAGGAGAGGCGGUCCCGUAGGUACGAGGGUCCUAGGCCGUAUAGGGCUUUAAAGGUUAAAACCAGCACCUUGAACCUGAUCCUGUACUCCACCGGGAGCCAGUGCAGCUGGUAUAGCACCGGGUGAAUGUGAUCUCACAGCGAGGACCCCGUAAGGAGUCUCACCGCGGCAUUCUGCACCCGCUGGAGUUUCCGGGUCAGUCUCAAGGGCAACCCCACGUAGAGCGAGAUACAAUAAUCCAAUCUGGAGGUGACCGUCGCGUGGAUCACAGUGGCUAGGUCAGGGCAAGAGAGGUAAGGAGCCAACUGCUUAGCUUGGCGGAGAUGAAAAAAUGCCGCCUUUGUUAUAGCUGCAAUCUGUGCCUCCAUGGAAAGGGAGGUGUCGAAGAUUACACCCAAACUCUUAACGGACGGUGCUGGCACUAAUUGUGCCCCCGCAGGAGAUGGCCCCCAAUCCCAUAUCAUCCCGACCCAGCCAAAGCUGAUUGCAGUCCCCUCUUUUAACGCUGAAUUGCCCGUCGCUCUGUCUUUCAGGAGCAGCUACAGGGCCAAGACUUCAGUAAGUUCCAGCCCUUGAAGAGCAAACUGCUGGAUGCCGUUGAGGAUAUGCUUGCCAGUGAUAUCGCGCAGCUGAUGGUGCUGGUGCGCCAGGAGGAGUCCCAGCGGCCCGUGCAGAUGGUGAAAGGGGGCGCCUUCGAGGGCACCUUGCACGGCCCCUUUGGGCACGGCUACGGCGAGGGCGCCGGCGAAGGGAUCGACGACGCCAACUGGGUGGUGGCCAGAGACAAGCCCAUGUACGACGAGAUCUUCUACACGCUUUCGCCGGUGGACGGGAAGAUCACUGGCGCCAACGCCAAGAAGGAGAUGGUGAGGUCCAAGCUGCCGAACACUGUCUUGGGCAAGAUCUGGAAACUGUCUGACAUCGACAAAGACGGGAUGCUUGACGACGAGGAGUUUGCUUUGGCCAACCACCUCAUCAAAGUCAAGUUGGAAGGCCACGAGUUGCCGAACGAGCUCCCGUCUCACCUCAUCCCUCCGUCGAAGAGGAAACUGACAGAGUGAGAGGGUGGCGGGAAGGAAUUGUGGGGUUUUGGGUGGGUGGGUAAAUCAAAUAUACCUAAUUGAGAUGUGGAGCUGGCUUCUGGCUUCCAAUAACGUCCAGGCGUGGUGAGGAACCUGGUGCAAUAUUUUGGAGCAGGCGUGAGGAACCUUUGGCCUUCCAGAAGUUGUCGAACUAGAACCCCCUGGUUACGUGAAACAUCUUCAAUGAACACACAAGACGUAACCGGCUGUACGUUUGAAAAAAUAAUAUAUACUAUUCAUUGUAUUGAAUUGUAGAUUUCAACAGAAGUAGCUCAUAAAGUUCAACGAGAAAUAAUAAUAAUAAUAAUUUAUUAUUUAUACCCCGCCCAUCUGGCUGGGUUUCCCCAGCCACUCUGGGCGGCUUCCAACAAAACACUAAAAUACAAUAACCUAAAAGCUUCCCUAAACAGGGCUGCCUUCAGAUGUCUUCUAAAAGUUUGGUAAUUAUUUUUUUCUUUGACAUCUGGUGGGAGGGCGUUCCACAGGGCGGGCGCCACUACCAAGAAGGCCCUCUGCCUGGUUCCCUGUAACUUGGCUUCUCGCAGGGAGGGAACCGCCAGAAGGCCUUCGGAGCUGGACCUCAGUGUCUGGGCUGAACGAUGGGGGUGGAGACGCUCCUUCAGAUAUACUGGACCGAGGUCGUUUAGGGCUUUAAAGGUCAGCACCAACACUUUGAAUUGUGCUCGGAAACGUAGUGGGAGAAAAGUAGAAGACCCAGUGGAUCGGUUCAUUCUCUUAAUCAGUUUAUGCAUAAGGUCCAUAUAUGUGAAAGUGUCUAUUCCACCUGUCUGUUCAUAAGAGUCCAACAGUCCACAUGAAAGGUUGUUGCAGUUCCACAGAAUCCUUUCACGGAGUCUAAGACAAGGAUUUCCGGAAUAUUAGCCUUGUUUUGCCAUGCUAGGCUUCAUCAGUAGUACCAACUCUAGGUAAUGCAAAUAAAUACCGUAUUUUUCGCUCGAUAACACGCACCUGACCAUAACACGCAUGUAGUUUUUAGAGGAGGAAAACAAGAAAAAAAAUAUUCUAAACGAAACAGUAGAUGUAUGAUUUUUGUGGUUCAUGCUGUGGCCACAGACAUGUGAUCUGACGGUGAGUUUGGAGGAUCCCUGUGGAUCUGUGCUUUGUAACCACGUUUUAAGUGGGGAGGGAAGGAGAAGCACUCGAGGGACAAGGAGCAAGCGUGGAGCAGGCUCUACUUCUCUCCCUCCUCCCCCCCCCCCCUUAGUGAGCUGAAAAACUUUGCUGGAGGG